AGGUGAAGAUGGCCGAGAACUUGCUGGACGGACCGCCCAACCCCAAACGAGCCAAACUCAGCUCCCCGGGCUUCUCCGCGAAUGACAGCACAGAUUUUGGAUCAUUGUUUGACUUGGAAAAUGAUCUUCCUGAUGAGCUGAUUCCUAAUGGAGAAUUAAACAUUUUAAACAGUGGGAGCCUUGUUCCAGAUGCUGCAUCCAAACAUAAACAACUAUCGGAACUUCUUAGAGGAGGCAGCGGCUCUAGCAUCAACCCAGGGAUAGGAAAUGUGAGUGCCAGCAGCCCUGUGCAACAGGGCCUUGGUGGCCAGCAGGCUCAGGGGCAGCCGAACAGUACAAACAUGGCCAGCCUGGGUGCCAUGGGCAAGAGCCCUCUGAACCAGGGAGACUCAUCAACCCCUAGCCUGCCCAAACAGGCAGCCAGCACCUCUGGGCCCACCCCCCCAGCCUCCCAAGCACUGAAUGCACAAGCACAAAAGCAAGUGGGGCUGGUGACCAGUAGCCCUGCCACAUCACAGACUGGACCUGGAAUCUGCAUGAAUGCUAACUUCAACCAGACCCACCCAGGCCUUCUCAAUAGUAACUCUGGCCAUAGCUUAAUGAAUCAGGCUCAACAAGGGCAGGCUCAAGUCAUGAAUGGAUCACUUGGGGCUGCUGGAAGAGGAAGGGGAGCUGGAAUGCCCUACCCUGCUCCAGCUAUGCAGGGAGCCACAAGCAGUGUUCUGGCUGAGACCUUGACACAGGUUUCCCCACAAAUGGCUAGCCAUGCUGGACUGAACACGGCACAGGCAGGAGGCAUGACCAAGAUGGGAAUGACUGGUAACACAAGUCCAUUUGGACAACCCUUUAGUCAAACUGGAGGGCAGCAGAUGGGAGCCACUGGAGUGAAUCCCCAGUUAUCCAGCAAACAGAGCAUGGUCAAUAGUUUGCCUGCUUUUCCUACAGAUAUCAAGAAUACAUCAGUCACCAGUGUGCCAAAUAUGUCCCAGUUGCAAUCAUCAGUGGGAAUUGUUCCCACACAAGCAAUUGCAACAGGCCCCACAGCAGAUCCUGAAAAGCGCAAACUGAUACAGCAGCAGCUGGUUCUACUGCUUCACGCCCACAAAUGCCAGAGACGAGAGCAAGCGAAUGGAGAGGUGCGGGCCUGCUCUCUCCCUCACUGUCGAACCAUGAAAAAUGUUUUGAACCACAUGACGCAUUGUCAGGCCGGGAAAGCCUGCCAAGUUGCCCAUUGUGCAUCUUCACGACAAAUCAUCUCUCAUUGGAAGAACUGCACACGACAUGACUGUCCUGUUUGCCUCCCUUUGAAAAAUGCCAGUGACAAGCGAAACCAACAAACCAUCCUGGGAUCUCCAGCUAGUGGAAUUCAAAACACAAUUGGUUCUGUUGGUGCAGGGCAACAGAAUGCCACUUCUUUAAGUAACCCAAAUCCUAUAGACCCCAGUUCCAUGCAGCGGGCCUAUGCUGCUCUAGGACUCCCCUACAUGAACCAGCCCCAGACACAGCUGCAGCCUCAGGUUCCUGGCCAGCAACCAGCGCAGCCUCCAGCCCACCAGCAGAUGAGGACUCUCAAUGCCCUAGGAAACAACCCCAUGAGUAUUCCAGCAGGUGGAAUAACAACAGAUCAGCAGCCACCAAACUUGAUUUCAGAAUCAGCUCUUCCAACAUCCUUGGGGGCCACCAAUCCACUAAUGAAUGAUGGCUCGAACUCUGGUAACAUUGGAAGCCUCAGCACGAUACCUACUGCAGCACCUCCUUCCAGCACCGGUGUUCGAAAAAGCUGGCAUGAACAUGUGACUCAGGACCUGAGGAGCCAUCUAGUGCAUAAACUUGUCCAAGCCAUCUUCCCAACUCCUGAUCCUGCAGCUCUGAAGGAUCGCCGAAUGGAGAACCUGGUCGCCUAUGCUAAGAAAGUAGAGGGGGACAUGUAUGAGUCUGCUAACAGCAGGGAUGAGUACUACCAUUUAUUAGCAGAGAAAAUCUAUAAAAUACAAAAAGAACUAGAAGAAAAACGGAGGUCACGUUUACAUAAGCAAGGCAUCUUGGGUAACCAGCCAGCUUUGCCAGCUCCUGGGGCUCAGCCCCCUGUGAUUCCACCAACUCAGUCUGUGAGACCUCCAAAUGGGCCACUGCCUCUGCCAGUGAAUCGAAUGCAGGUUUCUCAAGGGAUGAAUUCAUUUAACCCAAUGUCCCUUGGAAAUGUCCAGUUGCCACAAGCUCCAAUGGGACCUCGUGCAGCCUCCCCCAUGAACCACUCUGUCCAGAUGAACAGCAUGGCCUCAGUUCCAGGUAUGGCCAUUUCUCCUUCCCGGAUGCCUCAGCCUCCAAACAUGAUGAGCACCCAUGCCAACAACAUGAUGGCUCAGGCACCCACUCAGAACCAGUUUCUGCCACAGAACCAGUUCCCAUCAACCAGUGGGGCAAUGAGUGUGAACAGUGUCAGUAUGGGGCAGCCAGCAGCCCAGACAGGCGUUUCACAGGGCCAGGUGCCUGGUGGUGCUCUUCCUAAUCCUUUGAACAUGCUGGCACCCCAGGCCAGCCAGCUGCCCUGCCCACCAGUGACACAAUCACCGUUGCACCCAACUCCUCCUCCUGCUUCCACAGCUGCUGGCAUGCCCUCUCUCCAACAUCCAACACCACCUGGGAUGACACCUCCCCAGCCAGCAGCUCCCACUCAGCCAUCUACUCCUGUGUCAUCCGGGCAGACCCCUACCCCAACUCCUGGCUCAGUGCCCAGUGCUGCCCAAACACAGAGUACCCCUACGGUCCAAGCAGCAGCACAGGCCCAGGUGACUCCACAGCCUCAAACCCCAGUGCAGCCACCAUCUGUGGCUACCCCCCAGUCAUCACAGCAGCAACCAACACCUGUGCACACUCAGCCUCCUGGCACACCGCUCUCUCAGGCAGCAGCCAGCAUUGAUAAUAGGGUCCCCACUCCCUCCUCUGUGACCAGUGCUGAAACCGGUUCCCAGCAGCCAGGACCUGAGGUACCCAUGCUGGAAAUGAAGACAGAAGUUCAGACAGAUGAUGCUGAGCCUGAUCCUGGUGAAUCCAAGGGGGAACCUCGGUCUGAGAUGAUGGAAGAGGAUUUACAAGGGUCUUCCCAAGUAAAAGAAGAAACAGACACAGCAGAGCAGAAGUCAGAACCAAUGGAAGUAGAAGAAAAGAAACCCGAAGUAAAAGUGGAAACUAAAGAGGAAGAGGAAAGCAGUGCUAAUGGCACAGCCUCACAGUCAACAUCCCCUUCCCAGCCACGCAAAAAAAUCUUUAAACCCGAGGAGCUACGCCAGGCACUUAUGCCAACUCUAGAAGCACUCUACAGACAGGACCCAGAGUCUUUACCUUUUCGGCAACCUGUAGAUCCCCAGCUCCUAGGAAUCCCAGAUUAUUUUGAUAUUGUGAAGAAUCCUAUGGACCUUUCUACCAUCAAACGGAAGCUGGAUACAGGGCAGUACCAAGAACCCUGGCAGUAUGUGGAUGAUGUCUGGCUUAUGUUCAACAAUGCUUGGCUAUAUAAUCGAAAGACAUCCCGGGUGUAUAAAUUUUGCAGUAAACUUGCAGAAGUCUUUGAGCAAGAAAUUGACCCUGUUAUGCAGUCUCUCGGAUAUUGCUGUGGACGAAAGUAUGAGUUUUCCCCACAGACUUUGUGCUGUUAUGGGAAGUAGCUGUGCACAAUUCCUCGCGAUGCAGCCUACUACAGCUAUCAGAAUAGGUAUCAUUUCUGUGAGAAGUGUUUCACAGAGAUCCAGGGCGAGAAUGUGACCCUGGGUGACGACCCUUCCCAACCUCAGACGACGAUUUCCAAGGAUCAGUUUGAAAA